CAACGUCAGUUAUAUCAUUGUGUAUUUCACGCUAACAUGCGUUUCGUAAACGAAUCCUUUUUCCACGUGAAAUUUUUUCAAAUUCGUAAUAUUACGAAGAGUAUUUUUUUUUUGCUUGAUGAUCACAGUGUUAUUAUACUUUGUAAAUAAUUUAAUAAAAAUAUCAGCUUAGUUACGAGAAUUCUUUCUUUCUAUACGAAUCAAGUUUUUUAUUUUAUUUUUUGCCAUACUUACCCAUCACGUUAUAAAAAUGACUUGAUGAAAAUUUUACUCAGAAAUGCAAUUAUAACAAUAUGGCCGAAGAUAAAGAACACAAUAAUUACGUAAUGUCACACGAAGAAAAACCCUUUGGUCGACACGUACGUCAUAAUAAUAGAUUCAUCGCGCAUCCGUAUUCGCAACAGAGUAUUAUACAGAAUUUGGACUCGAAUGUACAACAAAAUGAUCUCAACCAGAUACAACUCGAUCAUUCGCAACAGAUGCAAAAUUUCAAUACCAUUAGCCAUCAAAAUUUAUUACAAAAUCAGAAUAUCGUCGCGCAAAACGUUGAAAAUCGCGUUAAAAAUAAUUCCUCCAGUGUAUCUCGAGUGGUUAGCGAAAAAAAUCACACGCAGAUCAAAUCUACUUCAGACACUAAGCAAGAAAAUGGCGAAGUUGAAGCUGCAGUUAGCAAUACGCAAGAAAGCAAAGUUCCUGAUGUCAUCAGAUUACCAGAAAAUUUAGAGAAUUUACCGAAAGCUGAUGAAUUUCCGCUCAAGAGAAGUCGAUGGAAUACAAAUGAAGAAAUAUUAGCUCUUCUUCUGAAUUUUUCAAAACACGAAGAAUGGCAAUCAAAGGACGUUGUAAUUCGGCCAGAAAGCGGAUCGAUGUUAAUGUACAGUCGGAAAAAAGUACGAUAUAGACGAGAUGGAUAUUGCUGGAAAAAAAGAAAAGAUGGUAAAACGACCAGAGAGGAUCACAUGAAGCUUAAAGUACAAGGCGUUGAGUGCAUUUACGGUUGUUACGUCCAUUCAGCCGUAUUACCAACCUUCCAUCGCCGAUGCUAUUGGUUAUUGCAGAAUCCUGAUAUAGUUUUGGUACAUUAUCUGAAUGUUCCGUAUCCGGAUGAUAGUAAAUUAGCAGCUCUUAUUCCGAAUAUUGCGUUUUGGACCGAGAAGAAGGAAUGGACUCGAGAAGAGUUACUCUUACAAUUAAAACCGAUGUAUGAGAAUCCCAGUUUAGAAAAUAGCAAAGAAAACGAAAGAGAGGAAUUGAAAAUGAAUCGUGUCGAUCAAGUUUCAUCUUUCAUCGAAUCUAUGAUCGCACAACUUCUGGAAAAACAACGCUACGUCAGAACAGCGUUGGCAAAUUCUUUAGAAUGCGGCUGUGGAAGUCGUAAAUGUAUGGGAGCAACCAGAUGUACUCGUCCGAUACGACGCAUAUCAUCGGCCAAAAAACAAGGCAAAAGAUCCAAUUUAAACACCAAAUUACAAGAAAAACGUGCCGCCGUUAAUAAUAACGAGCGAAACGUUUUGAAAACGACGGCGUUCAGAAAACUGAGUGGAUUGAAAAUUGAAAAUCGUUCUUGUACUCAAUCCACUAGUUCUACUUUUUAUUCGAGUCAAACCCAUCAUAAUGAAAGUGAGCAAUCUCAAUUACAGCAGUUACUCACACAACCACAACAAACACAAAAUGAACACUUGAUGCAAACAGUUAAUUCGAAAGAAAUACUAACAAAUUAUUCGAGAACUGAUAUGAGAGUGGAAGGCUAUUUACCAAAUGUUGAAUUUGUCAGCGGAGAAAAUCAACAUUAUCAGUCAAACUAUUCCUGUCAGUUAGUGGACCAAUAUGUACCUAAUAACGAAAUGAUUGACGAUAAACAAGAUAUAAGCUCUCAAGAAAAUGUCUCAUCCAACUCGAACGUUAACUUAAUUCCGUACCAAAAUGAAGAUAAUGAAUAUGUUACUGAUAAAUACCAAAGUGAUACUACCGAUGGUUCUGAAUGCAACAGUUAUUCCACAAUCCAUCAUCAAGCCAGUCCAGACGAAAGCUUCACCAGUUUAGAGGACACAGAAGUCUAUCCUAACGGCGAUGUUCUCGACGAUUUGAUUAUGAACGUUAAUCAGUGCUACAAUUAUGAAAAUGGGGAUUACAAUGCUGACAGAAGCCUUUACGAAUUGAUAAUACAAUUAACUCAGAAAGAAAAAAAGUCGAGCUCUACGAAUUCGUUACUUUCUUACGAAAAAUUACAACAGUAUGGUUUACACAGUGAGAAUGCGGAUCAUUGCGAACCAAUUUACGAAAGUAAUGCACAAUCGAUAUCGGAUGCGAAUGGAAAUUUUUUAAAUUCUUAUUCGAGGUACACUUCGACCACCGAGGUUGAGAAUGUGAAUAUGAGCAAUGCUUUGUCAACAGAUUUCACCAGAAUUGAAGAUAAUCACAUGGAAAAUUAUUCAACUGAAAUGGAGACGAAUUUUAUAAAUACGUCGUCAGCAUUCGCAUCUGGUGAUAGAUCAGCGUCCAAUCAAUCUGAACAGGAUUCAAGACAAAAUGAAUCACCUUGCGUUAUUAUCGAUUUAGCACCCGAAUGGUCUUAUUGUGAAGGGGGAACCAAAUUAUUAAUUAUUGGCCCAUGGUAUUUCCAAUCAGACUAUUCGGUUCUUUUUGAUAGUUAUUCGGUGCCAGCAACAUUGAUACAAGCAGGUGUCCUAAGAUGUUAUUGUCCAGAACAUGCUGCUGGACUGGUUUCAAUACAAGUAGUGUCAAGCGGAUCAAUCAUUUCCAAUUCAGUCAUUUUCGAAUAUAAGAAAAGACCAAAUUACGAGGAAAACGUUUGCCAUAAUUUAUGUAAUAUAAAAUCCGAACACUAUAAUCAAUACAUGUACGAAAAUGACACAUUGUUGAAGUUCAUAUUGAUACAAAGGAUCGAAGCUAUACAAGAUGACGCGUUUAUGCAUAGCUCUUCUUUAAUUAACAAAUACGAAGGUGUGAGGGAGAAAACCGCCAUUUAAGAAUCUUUAAGAAUCUGGAUGUGUGUAAUUUAAUUCGCCAUUUUCUUUUUUUCCUAAUUUUUACUUCUUGAUGAAUGUAAAAAUUUAUUAAGUUGUUUUCUACAUAAUUUUGCUCAUUUUUAUAAAUAGAAUGCGUUCCUUCUUUUAAUAUUUUUUUUUUUUUUUUUUUUUUUUAUAUAUAUAUACUUACAAUUUACAUAGGAUCUAUACCUACUUGAUAUGUACAUUAUUUUUAAUUCAAUUUUUUCUCAGUUUGAACGUACUGCGAGGGAGUAUUACUUACACUAUACAAAUGAUUAUGAUAGGAUGAUAGAUAUUAAAUGAAUUUAAAUUUGCAUUUUCGCGAGAUUAUUAAGUAUAGUUGUACAUUUUUUGAAUACAUUUUUAGAGUAAAGGGAAACUCUGAAUUAAGAAAUGUGAUAUUUACUAUUGGAAAUUGAAAAUAUUACUUCAAGUACCAACCUACUACUUACCUACCUAUGUAUUUUGAAAUUCAUAAGUAUGUAUGGAUUACGAAUUGAAUCGUUUACGUAUUUUAAAAACAUGACAAACAAAAAUGUGUCAUGAAAUUACCAAGAAAUAAAAACCCAAGUACCUACCUAUGCAAUACCAUUCUCAUUCAUCACUUAUCAGUAAUCUCAUAAGUCAACUCCUCUUAUAAAACGUGAUCACUGCUCCAUUACAUUUCAUUAUUUAAUACUUGGACUACAAUUAAUUUUUUGGUCGCCUGUAUAAUUGAAAACUUGAAUUUGUCAUGUUUUAAAAACAAAUGAUUCAAUUUAUCUAAUUAUUUUGCUCAAUGGAUACUGGAUAUUUGAUAAUUUCAUAUUGUAAAUGGGUAAAGAUGUAAUAAAACCUAGGACUUCAAAUUUUAAAGAUUUGAUACCUUAUGAAACUAGACCUACUUCUUGUGAAUAUGAAAAUGCUCAUGUUUUUAUUCAUUCUUAUUUUGUAUAGAAUUUUCUAAAAGGUAUGCUGAAUUGCACUCGUUACCUAAUACCUACCUAACUAUCCCAAUUCCCAAGAAAAAAAAUCCAAUUCGUUAUUCACCUAGGUAUUGAAAUUCCUAUUUAAUUUAGGUAAUAUUUAAUGAAAGUUGAAAACAUUCUCAAAGCAAAAAUAAUUUUUGAUACCUAUCUACUUAUAAGUAAUAAACCUUUGGAUUUCUUAAAACUGAAACUAAUACGCUUUUGUCAUUGCAUUGGAUAUGUUUUCAAACUUUCUCCCUCCUUCUUUCUCACUCGCACACUUGUAAAUUUUGCAAUAAAUAUGUAUUACAAUAAGUAAAUAGCAGCUUUUGUAAUUUCGAUGUUGUCUGAAAAAGUACCCUCCUCCCUGAUCAAUAUCCCUCACAUUUUCAUUUAAAAAUGACAUUUUUUCAAGUCGAAUAUGCAAUCAUCAAUUCAAAAAUUUUCAUGUAUCAAAAAAAAAUUAGUUUAAGUUUUUUAAAAUUUCAUUAAAUCGUGAACCUUAUUCGCACAAACAGAUUAAUUAUAUUCUUUAUUAUUCCCAUUAAAAAAGUUGUCUUAUCACCUCCGUAAUCAACUUUUUUCACAAAGCAAGGGCUUUAUUAAUUGGAGGAAUAAAUGAGUAAAGAAUGAUGGAAUAUUCGAAAAAUUGAACACUUUUUUCUGUUUCUGUUGAAAUUUCCAAAUCCUCCUUACCUUCUAUGAAAGAAGAAGAUGCUUCCUACAGCAAUUUGAAAAUGAACUUUUUUGCGAGAAGAAAAUACUUAUCUUCAAUUUCAUUACUUUUAGUUAUAAUUUUAAAAAAAUUUGCUCAAGCGUAUUUUAUUUUGAUAAUUCUACGAUAGAGUUUAAUAGUUUAAGAUUUUUUUGUGCAUUGCUUCAAGACUACAGUUUAGUACGUGACGUAACAAAUUUAAUAAUAUAUUUCUUCUUGUUAUUAAAUUUAAUCUUAUUAAAAAAAUUAUUAAUAAAAAUGGCUAAUAUUAUGUUUCAUUAUUUUCCCAAUUCCCACCGUU